AUGGCUUUCUUGUUCUUCAAACCCAUGUUUCUCUCUUUGUUUUUGUUAAUAUCUUACCAAACAACAGCAGAAGCUUCAAAAGUUACUGCUCAGAGUUUCAACUUCAGCAAUGGUACCAGCAAUGCCAGAGAACUAGCUGGCAAGUGCAACUGGUCCAGAGGAAAAUGGGUUUUUGAUCCUAAGUAUCCUCUCUAUGACUCUUCUUGUCCCUUCAUAGAUCCACAAUUCAACUGCCAGAAGUAUGGUCGACCUGAUAAGUAUUAUCUCAAGUAUAGGUGGCAACCUUUUGCAUGUGCCUUGCCCAGGUUCAAUGGGUUGUAUUUCCUGGAGAAAUGGAGAGGAAAGAAGAUUAUGUUUGUAGGUGACUCACUGGCUUUGAACCAAUGGGUAUCUUUGACGUGUUUGAUUCACUCGUGGGUGCCAAAUUCGAGGUACACAGUGUUUAGAACAGAGGGGCUAUCUUCUGUUACAUUCGAGGACUACGGAGUAAAGAUACUACUAUAUCGAACGCCGUACCUGGUAGAUCUUGUCCAUGGGAAGGCAGGACGGAUCUUGAAGCUUGAUUCGAUAUACAAUGGAAAGGCAUGGCUAGGCAUGGACAUGUUGAUCUUCAACUCCUGGCAUUGGUGGACUCAUACUGGAAGAUCUCAACCAUGGGAUUAUAUCGAAGAAGGGAAUAAAUUGUACAAAGAUAUGAACCGUCUAAUUGCAUUUUAUAAGGGCCUCACCACAUGGGCUAGAUGGGUCAACCGAUAUGUUAAUCCUGCUAAAACCAAAGUCUUCUUCCAGGGCAUUUCUCCCACACAUUAUGAGGGCAGGGAUUGGAACGAGCCAUCAAGGUCAUGUUCUGGUGAGACACAACCAUUCUUUGGAACAAGGUACCCAGCAGGAACACCAUUGGAAUGGGUUGUAGUUAACAAGGUUUUGAGUAGGAUUAAGAAACCAGUGUACUUGUUAGACGUGACCUUACUUUCUCAAUAUCGAAAAGAUGCACAUCCUUCGCAUUACAGCGGCGAUCAUGGAGGCACAGAUUGUAGCCAUUGGUGUCUACCUGGAUUGCCUGAUACUUGGAACCAACUUCUAUAUGCAGCUCUCUUCAGUCGAUAG